AUGCCGCUCAUCAUUCUCACGGGUCUGCCUACGUCGGGCAAGUCGACGCGGGCGAAGCAACUACAUGAUUAUCUUACCGCUCGCAUAGCCGGAACCAAGUACCGGCUGCAUCUGGUAUCAGACGACUCUCUUUCGAUAUCACGGACAGUAUACGAUCUCUCUACGGUGCCGGUGCACGCAAGAUCGGCAAAUGCGAGCGAAAAGAAUGCCAGAGCAGCCAUCUACGGAGCUGUAAAGAGAGUUUUGAGCGACAAAGACAUUGUUAUUCUGGAUGGACUGAACUACAUCAAAGGCUGGCGGUACCAGCUACACUGUGAAGCGAAGGCUGUCCGAACGCCGAGCUGCAUUCUGCAGAUUGGAUGCUCCAAAGAGCGCGCGCAGCAAGUCAACGAAGAAAGGUUAAGACGAGACGAGGCUGCUGUCCAGCAAGAGGGGAGCGAUGUGCCAAGCGAUUCACCAAGUGAUGCACCAAGCGACACCACAGAGGCGUAUGCGCCGGCAAACUGGGAGAAUCUUGUCUUCCGUCACGAAGAGCCCAAUCCCAUGACUCGCUGGGACAGCCCUCUGUUUACAGUAAUAUGGGACGACGACGAGGAACAAGUAAAGAGAACGUUUGAUUCUCUUUGGGAGGCGAUUGCUGGAGAGGGCCGCAAAGUUAUCAAGCCAAACCAAGCCACAGAGCCACGCGGGCGCGAUGCGAGUGGCGAUUAUUUAUACGUGCUGGAUCGUGAAACACAAGACAUUGUGAAGCGAAUCUUGGAUCAGCAAGGCGACGACGGUGGUGGAGAGGUCAAAGUGCCCCUUGGCACUGGUGGCAAGAAGGAUCUUGUUAUUGAGCUGCCAGCGGCGAGAAAGGUUGGCUUGCCAGAGCUGCAGAGACAUCGUAGGGCCUUCAUGGGACUGAACAGAGGGGGUAUUGGGCUGGAGAAGGUGACGAACAUGGCUGCCGAUUCUCUACGGGAGUCGUUUGUCAACUAUCUGAACAAUACGUUUGAAAGCGAGUAG